AUGUCUGACAGAACUGUUGUCACGUGGAAUGCUAUGAUUACUGGUUAUUGUUCCGUAAAAGAUGCAAAUGGAAAAAAUGCUGUGGAUGGGUUGUGUUUGUUUAAGAAAAUGUUGAUGGUUGGUGUGAAUGAAGUUAGACCGAAUGGUAGAACCGUGGUUUGCUUGCUUUCUGCGGCUUCUCAAUCAGGUAUGAUGGAAGUCGGUGUCUGCUUACACGGGUUUGCGGUGAAGCUGUUGUGUAAGGUUGAAGAGGAUGUGUUUAUAGGGACAGGACUUGUUGAUAUGUACUCGAAAUGUGGCUGUCUUGAGAGUGCUUUGUAUGUUUUCUGGCGGAUGAAAUUGAGGAAUGUUUUGACUUGGACUGCCAUGACUACCGGGCUAGCUAUUCAUGGGAGAGGGGAAGAGGCAUUGGAGAUUUUGUAUAAGAUGGAAGAUGAUGGCGUGAGGCCGAAUGAAACGACUUUUACGAGUUUGUUGUCCGCUUGUUGUCAUGCAGGGCUUGUUGAAGAAGGACUUCGGUUAUUUCGUGAUAUGGAACCGAAGUUUGGUGUAGUGCCUCGGAUACAACAUUAUGGUUGUGUUGUUGAUCUUCUUGGACGAAACGGAAACUUGAAUGAGGCUUAUGAUUUUAUCAUGGCAAUGCCGAUUAGUCCGGACGCUGUGAUUUGGAGGAGCUUGCUCAGUGCUUGUAAGAUUCAUGGGGAUGUUGUGAUGGGAGAUAAAGUGGGAAGGUUUCUUCUAAAGUUUAAAGAGAAAAGUCAUGAAGAUUUGGCUCAUAAAAGUGAAGAUUAUGUUGCUUUGUCAAAUGUCUAUGCUUCAGCAGAAAGAUGGAAUGAUGUUGAAGUUGUAAGGAACAAAAUGAAGACUAAGGAAAUAAUGGAAUUGCAGGCCAAAUUUGAGGAAGAUAAAAAACGUCUGCAACAGCUGAGAGCUGCCAGAAAAUUUAGACCUUAUUAG